CGUGGAGAGAACAAUGAUUCCUUCCCUCGAAGUAAAAUGACGUUCAGUUCAGAGAAUAAAUCACUAGAUCGUCGUUAAAGAAUCAUUCAUAAUUUGUCUUUAUCCAUCGCAGUAACUCUUCGGGAACUGCUGACCACCAUUUCUUAGAAGAUGGCGAAUCCAGCCAACGUUUUCCGGGUCGGAGAUUAUGUUUUUGUAGAGACAAACCCUUCUUUACCAUACCAAAUACGAAGAAUCGAAGAAUUGACCAAGACAAGUAAUGGGCAAGUUGAAGCCAAAGUACAAGUGUUUUACAGAAAAAGAGAUCUUUCUUCAACCCUURGCCUUCAAGCAGAAAARCAUUUAUUGCAAGCUGAAGAAGAUGCUGAAGUAGAGAUGGGUGAUAAAGAACUUGAAGAUGUUUUACGUCACCAGUUAGGUCAUCGUGAAGUAUUCUUGACAAGACAAUAUGAAAAUAUUAAUGCCAACACAAUAAGAGGUAAAUGCCUAGUGACUUUGUAUAAUGAAGCUGAGGAAUUCCCCAAGUACUUAGAAAAAGAGGAUUGGUUUUGUUAUUUCUUGGUGUAUGAUCCUCAACAGAAAACUCUUGUUGCUGACAGAGGAGAGAUGGGUAUUGGUUCUAGCUACCAGGCUAAUGUCCCUAAAACAAUAAUUGACCCAAAAACUGAUGACAGAAAUCUUUCUGAUAUGGAAACACUUGUCUGGACUCCAGAAAAUAGCUUAAGCGACAGAGAAAUUGACCAGUUUCUUGUCAUAGCAAGGUCUGUUGGUACAUUUGCAAGAGCAUUGGAUUGCAGUAGUUCUGUAAAACAACCRAGUYUACACAUGAGUGCUGCUGCAGCAUCAAGAGAUGUUACACUGUUUCAUGCCAUGACAACRCUKCAUAACAACUUGUAUGGCUUAAGCAAAGCUCUUUCACAACUCGUACCAUCCGGUGGUCCCGUAUUAUGCAGAGACGAGAUGGAGGAAUGGUCAGCAGGUGAAGCAAACUUAUUUGAAGAAGCUUUGCAGAAAUAUGGCAAAGACUUCACAGAUAUACACAAAGACUUUCUCCCAUGGAAGAAUUUAUCAUGUUUAGUGGAGUACUAUUAUAUGUGGAAGACAACUGACAGAUAUCUACAACAAAAGCGUUUAAAGGCAGUAUCCAAGGAAUGCAACUUGACGCAAAUCUAUAUACCUGGCCUAGCUCCUAGUAAUCCAGCKCAACCUGGUAGAAAACAGACAUCAACCAUUAUUCUAACACCUCCMCCUGGUGUAACUAAUAACCUUGUUGGAGCAACUUGUGAAGGUUGUUUUGGWACAACAUCSCAGCAAUGGUAUCCAUGGAGUCCAAACAAUUCGCCUCACAAGCUCUGGCUUUGUACUUUGUGCUGGAUUUACUGGAAAAAGUAUGGAGGAUURAAAAGACCAGAUGGUUUUUCAGGGCGUGGUCAAGACAAUCUUGAGCCAAGAUACACAUGUCGGUUAUGCGGCAAAGUCUUUAACAGAGCAGAGCGACUGUCAAGUCACAUGAUGACUCAUAAAUCAUACAAGUGCGUUGUCAGAGGAUGUGAUAAGUUAUUUAAUAGCAAGGCUACAUUGCAGCGUCACCUGACUGGUGGCCAUGGUUACCGACCACCAAGCCCAAGGAAACUCAAACCACGGUCACCAUUCUACAUGAAAUCAACAAUGUUGACAAGAAUCUCACGACGUCUCUGCAGUGACCUGAUCAAUCUAACGCAUGCAUGCCGUGUGCCGGGAGCACCUAUGGACAUUCCWCAAAUCAAAGGGCAAUGUUURAAGAGAAUUACUGAUCCAAAACAGACAGCUAUACUGAAAGGUGAACGCAAGAUGAAAAAACGUGUCCUGGAAAAAGCUGUUGAGUUCAUCAAGGCUCAUCCACAAAAACCAGCCAAGCCRCCCAAACCGACCCUUCUGCCAUUAGGGACUGGACAAGACAAGGGCUCUCCACCUACAUCACCAGGAUUGACUGUUACAUCACCUGCACGUAAGAUGAUGCCUGUCAAGAACUACCUGUCUGGUCAGCCAUCAACGCCUGUUUCUAACAUGUGGAAGUACUCCGCUAUUCCUCCUGCYAAGACCGUUACACAGACAAGCAAUCACAUGAUGGCACGUAAGAGAAGUUAUGAAUCUGGGACGCAACAGAAUGGGAUUGAUGGUCCAACACCAAAACGAAUGAGUGCAACUUCACCACUAGGCAAGAAAGGUUGUGAAUGCUCCUACUGUGGAAAAAUCCUCCACAACCAAGCCAGCCUUACACAUCAUGAACAAACCAUGCAUUCUUCAUCUGAGGCACCCAAACAGAGAAGUUACCCAGCGUACUGUGAUGUAACUGCAACAGGUCCUGGUUCCAACAAGAUAACCCCAUAUGCCCAGCACUCGGUUACAUCAUAUAACAAUGGUCAAGCAGACCACAARCACCAGCCCAAUUAUGGUGUACCACAACCAAAGACCAAGACAUUUCUUUUGCCAAAGAAUUCCCCGCAAAAGAUCACCACUAUGGUUAAUAAUAAAACAUUGGUCAAAGGUCAACCAACUGGAAAUAGACGCAGUCUCUCUCAGGGGAAUGGUGCCUACUCCAGGGAUAAGAUGAAUGCUCAAUAUAUUGACCCACCUGAGGAGUUCCAAUUCACAGCCAAUCAUAAAAUAAGAAAAGCCCGUAAAACAAUGCAUGUAGAAUCACAGCGUAAGGUGGCUCGAUGCCCAUGGAAAGAGGCCAAAUGUAAUGCUAAGCUACGUGAGCUCAUGAUGCAACCAUUUGUAACCAAAGAAAAACUUGCAAAGUUACAAGAAACAAACAAGCAAAUUGUUAAAGAUUUGUCAACAAAGCCAGAGCUACCAGCUCUUAUCAAACAAGGAGACCAAGUCAAAGAACCUGGAUAUGAAGCCAUUGUGAUUGAUGAUGAUUAAACACCAGGGAUACGGACUGUACUUUGGACUGUACUUUACACUCAAAUCAAUUAUUUUGUACAGUGGUGACCUGUGGCAGCCAUAGGCAGUAACCACCACAGGGAGCCCAUGCAGAAUUCAUUGGGUUCUUGUUAUUUCUGAUAUUGGUCAAUAUUAUUCCUAGUUGUAGUAUGUAUUAUGUAAGUCAUUAUUUUUAUUUGCUAAUUUAUUGUAAAUGUCAAAAUAGAGUUUGUGAAAUACAAAUGAUUUACCCAACUCGA